GCAAGCUAGUUGAGCGGCAUCCAGCUCGCUAUGGCCGUGUCCUCCGCUGCUCGCCGCCUCCUCCUCGUCGUCACCGUGACCGUCGUCUCCGUCGCGGCCGCGGCGCCAUCCUCGCCGGGGCCGUUCCGGACGCUGUACGCCUUCGGCGACUCGUUGACGGACACGGGCAACACGCACUCCACAACGGGGCCAUACUCCUUCGGCGUGUCCCACCCACCGUACGGCGCCACCUUCUUCCACCGCCCCACCAACCGCUACUCCGACGGCCGCCUCGUCGUCGACUUCCUCGCCACCGACUUCGUUGCCCUCCCCUCCUUCCUCCCGCCUUACCUCUCUACCCUCUCCCGCAACGCCAACGCCACCAAAGCCAGCUACUCUGGCGUCAACUUUGCGGUGGCCGGCGCGACGGCCAUCGAGCACGAGUUCUUCGUCAGGCAGAACCUCAGCGCCAACAUCACGCCGCAGUCCAUCAUGACGCAGCUCGGCUGGUUCGACGCGCACUUCAAGGCGCGGCGGGCCAGCGGCGGCGGCAAGGACGGGGGCGUCGGCGAUGCGUUGUUCUGGGUGGGCGAGAUCGGCGCCAACGACUACGGGUACAAUUUCAUGGCCCCCGACGCCCUCCCGUCAGAGCGCAUCCGGAGCAUGGCCAUCGAUAGGAUCACCACCUUCCUCGAGGGGCUGCUGAACAGAGGGGCCGGGUAUGUGGUGGUGCAGGGGAUGCCGCUGACGGGAUGCUUGCCGUUGACGAUGACGCUGUCGCGGUCGGGGGACCGGGACAACCUCAGCUGCGUGGCGUCCGUCAACCAGCAGAGCCUCGACCACAACCACCACCUCCAGGCGGCGCUCCACCGGCUCCGGCGUAGCCACCCGGACGCCAUCAUCGCCUACGCCGACUAUCACGCCGCGCACCUCGCCGUGGUGCGCAGCCCGGCCAGGUACGGCUUCGCGGAGCCCUUCAAGGCCUGCUGCGGCACAGGCGGCGGCGCCUACAACUUUGAGAUCUUCGCCACCUGCGGCUCGCCGGAGGUCGCCACCGCCUGCGCCCAGCCCGCCAGGUACGUCAACUGGGACGGGGUGCACAUGACCGAGGCCAUGUACAAGGUCGUCGCCGGCAUGUUCUUCCACGACGCCACCGGGGCGUACUGCCGGCCCACCUUUGGCUCCCUGCUGGCCGCCAGGAAAGGCCAGGGCAAGUGAGCGCCAACGUCAUCGUCAUCAUCAGCUUAGCAUGCACCAGUCUGAUAGCCAUUGUAAUUCGGUUGAAUUGU